GAGUCAUGCGCCGCGUCGAUCCUGUCCUGUUGUUAUUCUUAUUUGAGCCAGUGUCUAUGAAUUUUUUUAUUUAAACAAAUUUUUUAAACAAUCCCCUUGUUUGGUGUCAAAUUAAACAAUCCCUCAGGAUGGCAGGGAACACGGGAAUGGAGCAGCUGAUUCCCAUAGUGAACAAGCUGCAGGACGCCUUCACCCAGUUGGGGGUGCAUAUGACAUUGGAUCUUCCACAAAUUGCUGUGGUGGGCGGACAAUCUGCAGGGAAAAGUUCAGUUUUGGAGAACUUUGUUGGAAAAGACUUCCUUCCUAGAGGUUCCGGCAUUGUCACUAGACGUCCUUUGAUUUUGCAGUUGAUUCAUGCCAAUGCUGAAUAUGGAGAGUUCUUGCAUUGCAAAGGCAAAAAGUUUGUUGAUUUCGACGAAAUCCGUCGAGAAAUUGAAGCUGAAACCGAUCGGAUCACUGGUAGCAACAAAGGCAUAUCAAACAUUCCAAUCAACUUGAGAGUCUAUUCUCCAAACGUGCUAAAUUUGACGCUCAUUGAUCUGCCCGGUCUAACAAAAGUCCCCAUAGGAGAUCAGCCGCUCGACAUCGAACAACAAAUCAGAAGCAUGAUUAUGCAAUUUAUCAAACGAGACUCUUGUCUUAUUCUUGCCGUAACGCCUGCCAAUACGGAUUUGGCCAAUUCCGAUGCGUUGAAAUUAGCCAAAGAAGUGGAUCCUCAAGGUAUUCGUACCAUUGGUGUCAUAACAAAACUGGAUUUGAUGGAUGAGGGCACAGACGCACGCGAUAUUCUUGAAAACAAAUUAUUGCCUCUGAGGAGAGGCUACAUUGGAGUAGUAAACAGAUCUCAAAAAGAUAUCGAAGGAAGAAAGGAUAUUAAUGCGGCCCUUGCAGCAGAAAGGAAAUUUUUCAUUAGUCAUCAAUCUUAUCGUCAUUUAGCUGAUCGUUUGGGCACUCCUUAUUUGCAAAGGGUGCUCAAUCAACAGCUGACAAAUCACAUUCGAGAUACUUUGCCUGGAUUGAGAGAUAAAUUACAAAAACAGUAUCUCACUUUGGAAAAGGAUGUGGAUCAAUUUAAACAUUUUAGACCUGAUGAUCCUGCUAUUAAAACUAAAGCAAUGUUACAGAUGAUUCAGCAAUUGCAAACAGAUUUCGAACGAACCAUUGAAGGUUCUGGUUCUGCUCAAAUUAACACUAUAGAGCUAUCAGGUGGUGCCAAAAUUAAUCGUCUGUUUCACGAACGUUUUCCAUUCGAAAUUGUCAAGAUGGAAUUUGAUGAAAAAGAGCUUAGACGCGAAAUUGCUUUUGCCAUCAGAAACAUACAUGGUAUUAGGGUUGGUCUUUUUACUCCAGAUAUGGCUUUUGAGGCAAUUGUCAAGAAACAAAUCGGCCGUUUAAAAGAACCAUCACUCAAAUGUGUGGAUCUUGUAGUUAUUGAAUUGUCUAAUGUUGUGCGUCUUUGCACUGAUAAAAUGACACGUUAUCCAAGAUUAAGAGAGGAAGUUGAAAGAAUUAUAACAACGCAAAUCAGACAAAAAGAACAGUAUUGCAAAGAACAAAUUUGCUUAUUAAAUGAUUGCGAAUUGGCCUACAUGAACACCAAUCAUGAGGAUUUUAUUGGAUUUGCCAACGCACAAAAUCAAUCAGAAGCUGCAACUGCCAAAGGAUCCAGAUCUGGAUUGGGCAAUCAAGUGAUAAGGAAGGGCUACAUGUGUAUUCACAAUUUGGGCAUAAUGAAGGGGGGCUCGCGCGACUAUUGGUUCGUGCUGACUUCAGAAAGUAUUUCCUGGUUCAAAGACGAAGAAGAGCGGGAGAAGAAAUAUAUGCUGCCAUUGGACGGGCUCAAGCUCAGGGAUAUCGAACAAGGAUUUAUGUCUAGGCGUCACAUGUUUGCUUUGUUUAAUCCUGAUGGUAGAAAUGUUUAUAAGGAUUACAAACAAUUGGAAUUGAGCUGUGAAACUUUGGACGAAGUGGACUCUUGGAAGGCUUCAUUUUUAAGAGCCGGCGUUUAUCCUGAAAAGCAAACGGAACAACUCAAUGGAGAAGAGACGAGCAACGAAAGCGCUAACAGUUCCAUGGAUCCACAACUAGAACGUCAAGUAGAAACCAUAAGAAACCUGGUGGACAGUUACAUGAGAAUCGUCACGAAAACAACGAGAGAUCUGAUUCCCAAGACCAUAAUGCACAUGAUCAUCAACGAUUGCAAGGAUUUCAUCAACGGCGAAUUGCUCGCUCACAUUUACGCCAGCGGCGAUCAGUCUCAGAUGAUGGAAGAAGCGCCCGAAGAGGCUCAGAAACGCGAAGAGAUGAUGCGCAUGUACCACGCUUGUAAAGAAGCUUUGCGCAUUAUCGGGGAUGUUUCAAUGGCCACUGUGUCUACUCCGGUACCGCCGCCCGUUAAAAACGACUGGUUGGCUAGCGGUUUGGAUAAUCCGCGUUUGUCGCCGCCGAGUCCUGGGGGGCCUAGGAAAGCUACGCCUCAAAUGGGAACUGUUGGAUCUAGUGGUUCGCUAGGUUCCAGAGUCCCUCCACCGCCUCCAUCUGCCGGUACGGGUCGUCCAGCUCCCGCUAUUCCCAACAGACCCGGAGGAGGCGCUCCACCCAUGCCUCCAGGACGUCCUCAGGGACAAGCCCUACCCGCUCCAUUAAUUCCAAUCCGGGCCCAGGGAGGCGUACAAUUGCCGCAGCAAGUGCAGAUGGCCGUUGGCCGUGCAGUCACCCAAGCCGCAGUCAAUGAACUUACUAACGCCUUCAAGUUUAACCGAUCAGUCCCGAAUGUGCCUCCAAGAAUACCCGAAAGGCCGUACCCUGCCAGACCCAAUUAAAGUAGUUCUAGUCAAAAAAAUUAAAUUACAAAUUGGGACCAAAAAGUGUAUUUGAGGAUGCUGUUUUAACUAAAAAUUUACACUGUGAUUGUACAAAGUCGCUUUUUAAUUUUAUUAGGACGGGAUAAGAGCAGGUUAGUGCUGAUGAUGACGAUGUAGUAUUAAUAAAGUUUUAGCACUUAUUGUAUUUAUGUAUAUAUUGAACUAUUUGUAAUAAAAUUUUCUAGUUAGGUG